GGAUAUCCGGAUUGCGGAUCCCGUUCCUGGCGUGGCCCUGGUUGCUAGCAUGCCACUGGUUGGCUGGUCGUUGCUGGGUCCCCCAGCGACGCAUCCCCACGCCAGGAAGGCAAGGAGACGACGCGCGCAGGCGAGGUACGGUUUUGGUAGAAUGCAUUUCAGAGGGUUCCAGAGAAAUGGACACCGAAACGUGAAGCUCCGUCCUUCCUCCUUCUGGAUCUUUAGUGUGCCAGCUUUUAGAUAACCCUACUCUUGGCUAGAAAGGAGCUGAGAGAAUGUCCUUGGGCCCCGUAGCCCCUUCUUGUAGUGUACCUCACACGGACGAUGCAUCCAGUCUUGGCAAGAGCCAAGAGGAAAGAGUAGACAGCCACCAGCAGCAGACUCACUUGGAAUUCAACGGCGGAGAUCUGAGCGAUCUGGGCUGGCUGUCGCAAUACAAGCCAUUCCCUACUGUACCUCGCUCGGAGGAAGCGGACACUGUUGCCGAGUCUGUGGAGUCCAGCAUUCAAGCCCAGCAGCGGUCAGCACUGUCGCAGAGCUGUUUACCCUACAGCUACAAUGUCGAUUGCAACAGCAAUGGUAACAGGAAUGGUGCUAACAACAAGCCCAUCUGCAGAUGGCCCAAACCAGCCUUCAGCUAUUCAUGUCUGAUCGCCAUGGCACUGAAGAAGAGUGAGACAGGCCAGCUCCCUGUGCACGAUAUCUAUGACUUUAUGGAGUCAAAUUAUCCCUACUUCAAGACCGCACCAGAUGGUUGGAAGAACUCUGUGCGUCAUAACCUAUCACUGAACAAGUGGUUUGUGAAGGUCGACACUGGUGAUAAAUCUGUCAAGAAGAAAGGCUGCCUGUGGGCCAUCAACGAGAUACGUCGCACGGCCAUCGAAAACGAAAUCUCGAAAUGGUCACGGAAGAACCCGCAUGCCAUCCUUGCUGCAAUGGCGAAGCCUGGACAAGAGAGUGGUGACAUUGGCAUUAGCCAGACUGACUUGACUCACCCAUCCCUGAGUAUGCCUCCGAGUGGUAUUGGAUCAACCGCAGCCUGUCCAAACCUUGUCAUGCCAAUACCACAGUAUAACCUGCAGUAUCCAAUGGCGGCCAUGGCCACAGCAGCAGUACCAGCAUCAGUACCAGUCACUUCGUUGCCUGUGACCACUGCAGCAGCCACCGCGGCAGUGUCAACAGCAACGGCAUCCGUUACGCCGGCAGCGGCUGCUGCAAGCCAUACAGCUGCCACGGGCACAGCAGCAGCAAUGCAUAUGGGAAACCCCCUGAUGACCAUGUCGCCAUUCGCUUUGCCCGUUCUAUGGCCUGGCUAUGCUAUGCCUGUGCCAGGGACUGUACCCGUCACCAAUGGCGUGCAUGUCCCUGGUGGUAUCCCUGUACCUGCAGGUAUGCCGUCACUUGCUGCUUCAGUACCAGUACCACCAGGAACUAUCCAGGUGCCUGGUGGAGUUAUGAUUCCCCCUGGCAUGGCAAUGGUCACUCCGUCAUCGACAUCUACAGCGGUACCCGCUUCAGCUGCUCCGGUGUCGUUGACAACAAUGGCAGCGAUAGCUUCAGGCGCAACGACAACAGCAAAUUCGGCUGCGCCUGAGCCAGUGUCUGUAUCCGCACCCAGCAACGAACAAGCAGGUUCCGAGAGCAGUUCACAAGGCAGUUCACAAGUACCUGUCUCCGUCACAGCCACAGUAGCACCAGUAGUAGCUCCAACUGGUGCUCAUACCCCUCCGUCAGCCAGUCAUGACGCAUCGUGAACACAUACUUCAAUGCAUCUGACGUGAGAGGGUGAGACAUUGUGACCAUGUGGACUCUUGUUUUUGCCUUUAUCCCUCCCGUGCGGGUAUGAAUCCGCCUUUGGAUGGCUGCCAUAUUGGCUUAUCAUGUCCAGUUCGUCACAGGACUCACUGCCAUCUUCAUGCUGUAUCAAUUUAUAUCAUAUUUCGGAUGAGUUUACUCAGCAGUCAUGCUCAAGUGCAGUAUAAUUCCAAUGUUGACAUAUCUUAUGGCAUACAAAUUGGAGAAUGAUUUUCAGAUUAUCUAAGCCGAUAUAGAAGUAUGUUAGGCACUUGAACUUCGUAACAUUAACCUCCAGGCAAAUCAUAAAUGUUUUUUAAACCAAUGAAAAGACUCGUCUCAGAGAGCACCACUUCCUAUUUUACAAUGUAAGUUGUUGCGUGUAGCACAUAGCCUGUCACAUAGCGGUUAGCGGACAUACAUGCCAAUGUUUAUCUUCAACCGAUCGUGUAUGCUAGCCAUGAGCCGUUGCCACCGUCUUCACUCCUGUGACUGCUGCUUCUGCUGCGUUUGUCAUCAUUGUCAGGGCCUUA